CUAAAUCAUGAUCUCGUUUCGAAAAGCAAAAAGGAUGAUGAUUUGUGCAUAGCGCAACUUGAUGGUUUUUACUGGAAUCGUUGAAGAAAUAGGAAAAGUGGGUUCACUUGAUAAAGAAGAAACUCAUUUAUUGCUUUCCAUUUUUGCUAAACAAGUUUUACAAGAUUUGCAUAUCGGAGACAGUAUUGCUGUCAAUGGGGUUUGUUUAACUGUGUGCAGCUUUGACGAUCAGAGUUUUGUGGUUGGAAUUUCUCCAGAGACUUUGAGACGAACCAAUUUAGAACAAUUGAAAGAAGCGAGUCCAGUGAACUUGGAAAGAGCACUGUCAGCACAGGGACGAUUCGGUGGUCAUAUUGUGCAAGGACACGUGGAUGGUGUUGGUACUAUUCGUUCGAUGUACCCAGAAGGAGACUCUUUGUGGUUUUGGGUCGAUACUACGAGAGAAAUUGCUGCAUUUGUGGUAGAGAAAGGCUACAUCGCAGUAGAUGGUACCAGUCUUACGGUUUGUGCCACCCAAGACUGUUCUUUUCAAUUUAUGCUCGUAGCCUAUACACAACAACAUGUCAUUCUUCCGCAAAAACAAGUAGGUGACCAAGUGAAUCUAGAGGUGGACAUUCUGGGAAAGUAUGUCAAGCAAUUUAUUAAACAAGACUAGUUAUUGUCACUUUUCAUUUCCUAACUUAUCUUCCAGUGAAGCGUGCGUUUCAUUUGCCACAACAGAUAAUAAAUGCACACCACAUAGA